AUGCGUUCAUGUAUACACAUAUCUAUCUACCUACCUCAACUUCCUGUAAAUUUUCAUAUCUAUCUCAGCAUGUUCAUUAUCUAUCUAUCUAUCUAUCUAUCUAUCUAUCUAUCUAUCUAUCUAUCUCAGCAUGUUCAUUAUCUAUCUAUCUAUCUAUCUAUCUCAGCAUGUUCACUAUCUAUCUAUCUAUACAUACAUACCUACAUACAUAGUCAUUUACAUAUAUUGCGAUUCAAACAUUGCUUCUUCUGCGAACUGAAAGGCAGACCAAACAUAUCUAUGGCGAUAUUUGUUUUCAUGCGUGUAUGCGUGAGUAUCUAUCUAUCUAUCUAUCUAUCUAUCUAUCUAUCUAUCUAUCUAUCUAUCUCAGCUUGUUCAUAUGUGUAUAGCCACUUCAUUAUCUAUCUAUGCUUUCUUUGUAUCUUGCUUUUUAUUUUUCUCUUCCUAAUCUUUGUAUUUUCUGCUCUCUUUUCCUUCCAGACUUUCAGCCAUAUUGUUUUAUCUUCUUUCUUUUCUUCUUCUAAUACUAUUUUUUUUUAUAUCUAUCUAUUUCAGUUUGUUUAUAUCUAUUUAUCUAUCGCAAUCUAUUCAUAUCUAUCGCAGUCUUUUCAUAUCUGUCUGUUCAUAUCUAUCUAUCUAUCUAUCUAUCUAUCUAUCUAUCUAUCUAUCUAUCUAUCUAUCUCAGUAUAUAAAUAUUAG